CGAACGUGAAGGCUACAACCAAGUUCAGUUUAGAGAUACAAAAAUUUAUAUAUAUAAUACGACCCUGUCAAAAAAUAACCAUGCAUAAGUAGUACUUUUUGUAGAGGAUAUCAUCAUCAUCAUCAUGACGAGCUUAAGCGUUGGAAUAUGCAUCUUGCUCCUUUGCCUAAUUGUCUUCAAGGCAGCCAUUGUAGAAGCUUACUUCAACUACGAUGAUGCCCUGGACAAGACCUUGUUGUUUUUCGAAGCGCAGAGGUCUGGUAAAUUACCUGCCACCCAGAGAGUCAGUUGGCGUGGAGACUCUGGUCUCAAGGACGGGUUCCUUCAGGGGGUGGACUUGGUAGGAGGAUACUAUGAUGCAGGAGACCACGUGAAGUUUGGACUGCCAAUGGCUUUCAGUGUAACAAUGCUUGCAUGGGGAAGUAUUGAAUACAGGAGAGAGAUCACUGAUUUGGACCAGAUGGGACAUGCAUUAUGGGCCAUCAGAUGGGGAACUGAUUACUUUAUGAAAGCUCAUACACAGCCUAAUGUCCUUUGGGGACAGGUAGGAGAUGGAGAUUCUGAUCACUAUUGCUGGGAGCGUGCUGAAGACAUGACGACUCCAAGGGAAGCUUUCAAAAUUGAUCAAUAUCAUCCUGGUUCAGACCUGGCUGGUGAAACUGCGGCUGCAUUGGCUUCUGCUUCCAUUGCUUUCAAGCCUUACAACUCUUCCUACUCCAACCUCCUCCUGGUUCAUGCGAAACAGAUUUUCACUUUUGCCGAUCGGUUUAGAGGGUUAUAUGAUGAUUCUAUCACAAGUGCCCAUCAGUUCUAUACUUCAUCUGGUUCUUCGGAUGAGUUGUUAUGGGCUGCAACCUGGCUAUACCUUGCAACAAACGAGGAGUAUUACUUGAAGUAUGUUGUGGAUAACGCUGCGUACAUGGGUGGAACUGGAUGGGCAGUCAAAGAAUUCUCUUGGGACAACAAAUAUGCUGGUGUACAGAUCCUUCUUUCAAAGGUAUUGUUGGAGGGAAGAGGUGGUGCGUAUACUUCCACCCUGAAGAAAUAUCAGGCUAAAGCAGAUUACUUUGCCUGUGCCUGUGUGCAGAAGAAUGCUGGCUACAAUGUCCACUUAACUCCUGGGGGCUUAAUGUAUGUGCGUGAAUGGAACAAUAUGCAGUAUGCCUCUGCUGCUGCAUUUCUUGCUGCUGUUUAUUCUGAUUACCUCUCUGCUGCAAAUGCCAAACUCACUUGCCCAGAUGGCCAAAUUCAACCUCUAGAGCUCUUCAAUUUUGCAAAGUCACAGGCUGACUACAUUCUUGGUAAAAAUCCCAAGUCAAUGAGCUACUUAGUUGGAUUUGGAGCUAAAUACCCAGUUCAUGUUCACCAUAGAGGUGCUUCCAUUCCUUCUAUAUAUACCAUCCGCUCACCUGUUGGCUGUGUUCAAGGAUUUGAGUCAUGGUACUACCGGCCUCAGCCAAAUCCCAAUGUUAUAUAUGGAGCACUUGUUGGCGGUCCUAAUCAGAACGAUAACUUCUCCGAUGAUCGGUCUGAUUACGAAGAAUCUGAGCCUACAAUUUCUGGCUCUGCUCCACUUAUAGGCCUAUUCUCCAGGCUACACGAUUCAUUAUCCAAAACCAAAGGUAAGUGAUAUUUCUUUGUAAAUUCUAAUGCAGGUUCCUAUGAAGAGACAGCAGUACCAAACGCAAACACAGAUGCAGAAGUUCCAGUUGAAUUUUUUCACUCAAUAACAGCAACAUGGACAGUUGGUGAGACAACGUACUACAGACAUAGGGUGAUAAUCAAGAACAAGUCUCAAAAGCCACUUACAAAUCUUAGACUUAGCAUUGAAAACUUAUCAGGGUCUCUAUGGGGACUCUCUCCAACCCAAGAAAAGAACAUUUACGAACUCCCCAGAUGGCAGAAAGUCUUGAAAGCUGGCUCCAAAUGCAACUUUGUUUAUGUUCAAGGAGGCCCACAAGCUAAGGUUUCUGUUCUGGGAUACAAUUAACAUUUCAACUAAAACUGUGCAGAUAAAAAACAAAGAACUCUCCGCGUCCAAUUUCUUUCUUUUUUGAAUAUGUAAAUUUUACUCUUUAACGUGCACCAAAAGUUCAGAAAAACAACAGUUUUGCUGAUGUUACUUCAAUAUUCUGCAAUCUGGGUUUUUAUUUUGGUCCUGAGAUAAAUAUA